CUGACAGCGGUCGGUACGGAGCGAAGGACGGCGCCACAAAUAUCCACCGUCUGGUUUUUUUCCAGGGGUUUGACGUUUCCAUUAAAUAAAAAAGUUGACAUCUGCAAGUAUGCAGUCCGAAUCGGGAAUAGUUCCCGACUUCGAGGUUGGAGAGGAGUUUCAAGAGGAGCCUAAAACGUAUUACGAAUUGAAGAGUCAACUCUUAAACAGCCCUUCGGAGCAGCACGGCUCCUCCAAGCCCCCGCUGAGCUCCUCCGCCAUGACAUCACGCAUCCUGUUGCGGCAGCAGCUGAUGCGGGAGCAGCUUCAGGAGCAGGAGCGGCGGGAGCAGCAGAAACAAGAGGCCUGCCAUUACCCACAAACCACAGCGGCACAGACCCCUGCCAUCAAUGUCAGCGUCCCUGCCAGUCUGCCGCCUGCUGCCCAGGUGCCAAUGGAGGUGCUCAAGGUCCAGACUCACCUGGAGAACCCUACCAAGUACCACAUCCAGCGCUCGCAGCAGCAGCAGGUGAAGCGCUACCUGGGGAAGCUCGGCUCUCAGGUGUUGGGCCUGCCCUGCCACAACCAGUCCUCGGACCACGGGGGCAUGCCGCCAGGGCCGGGCAACAGCGCCCCCAACAGCCCCAUGGCCCUACUGACCCUCAACACUAACUGCGAGAAAGAGAUGGAUGAUGUCAUUGAUGACAUUAUUAGUCUGGAGUCCAGUUACAGUGAUGAAAUCCUCAGCCUGAUGGACCCAGGACUUCAGAUGGCUAACAUCCCUGUGAAUGCUAACCUCAUGGACCUGUAUGGUAAUCAGGGUAUGGCCCAGCAAGGUCUGCCCAUCAGCAACUCCUGCCCCGCCAACCUGCCCAACGUCAAAAGGGAAUACUCCGUUUCACAAUCCACGGCCCUCAUGCACAUGCUGGAUAAAUCUGGAUCGUGCGGAACAUACGACGACUAUCAAAGUCCUGAAGGGUUCCCUGGGGAAGUUAGGGCGAUGGCAAAGGAAAGGCAGAAGAAGGAUAACCAUAAUCAGAUUGAGAGAAGACGGCGGUUUAACAUCAACGAUCGAAUCAAGGAAUUGGGAACCUUAAUUCCUAAAUCCAAUGACCCGGACAUGCGCUGGAACAAAGGCACGAUCCUGAAGGCGUCAGUGGACUACAUCAGGAGACUACAGCGGGAGCAGCAGAGGGCCAAAGAGGUGGAGACUCGCCAGAAGAAGCUCGAGCAUGCUAAUCGUCAUUUGCUGUUGAGGAUACAGGAGUUGGAGAUGCAGGCGCGGGCUCACGGUCUGGUCAUCACGUCUUCGGCGCUCUGCUCGUCUGAACUGGCGGCCCGGUCCAUUAAGCAGGAGCGCUCUCUGGAGGACUGUUGCCAGGAGCUGUACACGCUGCACCCCAACCACCAGCACCUCCCAGACUGCACUGCAGAGCCGACCGGCACCUUGGAGCUGAACGACGGCCACUCCAACUACCCCGAAGGUCCCUACAGCGUGCACGGCAAGCUGGGCUCCAAACUCAACGACAUCCUCAUGGAAGACACCCUGUCCCCGGUGAGAGGGGGGGACCCUUUGCUCUCGUCCGUCUCCCCCGACACCUCCAAGGACAGCAGUCGUAAGAGCAGUGUGAGCAUGGAUGAGAAUGAUCAGGUGUGUUAGCACCCCCUACUGGAGGACACAUGCAUCUCCAACCUUCUCCACCCUGCUGCAAAGUGUUGCCGUCUGCAGCUUACACACUCUGCUGGAGACGCUUCCUCCUGUGCGUGUCAUUUGUUUGUUUAUUUCUCCCCCGACAGUGUUUACAUGUUUUGAAUCUUUUCCAUUUCUUUUUUUUUUUAGUUUUUUUGUGAUAUCUUUGUCUUUUCAAGCCCUCAACCUUGAUUUCAAAGAAUGAUUAUGAAGUACUUUUGCUUUAAUCAAAACUUUGAUGACAAUGAGUUACAAAAAUAGAAGUUUUUAUAUUUAAAAUAUAUAUAUAUGCAUUCAUCUUUGAAUAGAGGCUAGAUUAUGUUUAUUUCUAUUGAUUCCAACGAAUCUAGGGAAGUUAUAAAUCAUGGUCAGAGUUGUAGAUAUUUUGUCCUGAGAUGAACACUGCUUUUUAAAUCACUAGCAAUAAUAGAAGAAAACUAUUUAUUACUAUAGUGCUUUACACUCCUCGUGUCUUAGAUUGAACUUGAAUGUGCCAAUGCCUUAUUAAGAUGGUUAUGCAUCGAUGUUGUAUUGCUAUGCACAUUUUUUGGCUGUUAGCUGAGUCUUUGUCAGUCUUCCAGUUGAAAUGUCUUCCUUGGAAAUUAUAAAUAAUAAUCAUUUGUAGAUUGUAUCUUAUUUAUGUAUCAAUGUAAACAGGACUUUUUGUAAACAUUCCCCUUAAAACAUGUAUUUAUAACAAGGCAUUUAAAAAGAGCAAUUUUUUUAAAUAAAUGAGAUAAUAAUAAAUAAAAGCUCACUAAUGAGCAAGAAGCAGCACAACAAUCCAGUACAUCUAUUUUUAUCACACUGAUGCAUCCUUAACUAUCCAGAGACUGCUCAGCCGGGUGUGCCAGAUAUUUCUAAAGUAUAAAUUCCUCACUGCCAAAACCACUGAAUACUUCAAACUUAAAGGUAGGGUAGGUAAGUUUGAGAAACCGGCUCGAGAUCGCUAGAAUUAGAAAAUAUACAACCGGAGAA